AUGUCGUCUCAAGAUGUGCCAAACGACAUCAUUCUGUUCCAUUACACCUUCUCUCCCUUUGCAAAGCGAAUUGUGUGGUAUCUGAAGCUACGCGGCAUCCCCUAUGCCGAAUGCAUCCAACCCCUCACGCUGCCACGACCCGAUCUGGCCGAGUUGGGCAUCAACUAUCGUCGCAUUCCUCUACUGUCCAUCGGACGAGAUGUCUACUACGACACACGAUUGAUCCUGGCAAGAUUAGAGCAGAGUUUCCCAGCAUCUUCGUCGCAUCCACCUUUAUCGACGCCCGAGAACAAAGGGCUUGAAGCUUUGCUCGAGAAAUUCACGGUCGAUGCGGGCAUCUUUUCCAAAGCGGCGCAGUCGCUCCCGCCUGAUUUGCCGACCAUGAAGGAUGAGAAGUUCAUCAAGGAUAGAGCCGAGUUCACGGGCACUAGUUGGUCGCAAGAGGCUCGUGUGAAGGGGUACCCGGAGGCAUUGGCACAUAUUAGACAUGCAUUCGAUAUUCUCGAGGCUUUGCUCGCAGACGGAAGACAAUGGAUUGGAGGCACAGACAAAGCCAGCUUGGCAGACAUUCAUGCCGCUUGGCCAUUCAUUUGGAUCGGUGAUAUGCUUCCCAAGGAGUCGUUCUCCAAAGAUCAACAUCCCAAGACAUGGGCUUGGUUAGGCCACUUCAAGAAAACGGUCAAGGAAGCAGAGAAGUCUUCCAAGACAAUCUCAUUAGACGGUCAGGUUGCAAUGCAACACAUCGUAGCCGCAUCAUACCAUGAUCAGCAAACCGGUGUCGACGACAGAGAUCCUGUCAAACUCAAGGAAGGCGAUCUUGUCCAGCUUUGGCCCACUGAUAGUGGUUUCCGUCACAAAGACCAAGGCCACUUAGUGAAGUUGACAAAGGACGAAGUAGUUCUUGCCAUACAAACCAAGAGUGGGGGCAAGGAAAUCAGAGUCCACGCGCCCAGAUGGGGCUUCAGAGUUGACAAGGCAAAGGCCCAGCUUUAG